CGUUUCUCUCUCCACUUCUGCACUAUUCUUUUACCCAUUUGUCCUGGAAAAUAUGGGUGGAAAAAGAAAAACUAGGCAUCUUUGAAACAAAAACCCUAUAAUUGCACGCUAAUUAUUUGAUUUUGGUGUGUUAGGAAAGUUGGGUUUUUCAGAUCUUUCUGGAUAAUCCAGAAAAAGGUGGAUUUGUGUUCAAGGAGAAAAGCUGCACCAAAAUGCAUGAACUGUUCUUUGAAUAAUCUUGAUUGGUAAAACAUGUAGGGAAGGUUCAAUUGAUCCAGACACUGAAAUUUGAGCACCUCGAGUCUGAUUUCGUGAUUGAUUAGUACUUCAUGUUCAUAAUUAGUGGGGGGAAGGAUGGAGGGUGAUUUUUGAGAGUUUUGUGAAGCUUGAUACUGAAUUUUGAUCAUGAAGAAACCGAAUUAGGCAGUAUGAGUGGCGAUAAGACUAUAGUUUGGUUUAGGAGGGACCUAAGGAUUGAGGACAAUCCUGCAUUAGCAGCUGCUGCUAGGGAUGGUAGUGUUUUCCCUGUUUAUAUAUGGUGCCCCAAAGAGGAAGAGCAAUUUUACCCGGGUCGAGUAUCACGGUGGUGGCUGAAGCAGUCUCUUGCUCACUUGGACCAGUCCCUGAAAUCCCUUGGGGCAGAACUUGUGCUUAUCAAAACUCAGAGUACUCUUGCUGCUCUCUUGGAGUGCAUUCAAGCCAUUGGAGCUACCAAAGUAGUUUUCAACCAUCUUUAUGAUCCCGUUUCACUUGUUGGCGAUCACAACAUCAAAGGAAAGCUGGUGGAGCUGGGCAUUUCUGUGCAAAGCUUCAAUGCAGAUCUGUUGUAUGAGCCAUGGGAAGUAUAUGCUGGAAAAGGACAAGCUUAUACAACUUUCGAGGCAUACUGGGAUAAGUGCUUACACAUGCAACGGGAACUUGUGACACAUCUUCCUCCUUGGAAAUUGAUUUCGGCAACAGUGAUAGGAACUGUAGCAAAAUGUUCACUCGAGGAGCUGGGUCUUGAAAAUGAAACGGAAAAGUCUAGCAAUGCCCUCCUAAGAAGAGCAUGGUCUCCAGGGUGGAGCAAUGCUGACAAGGCUCUAAGUGAAUUUUUCGAGUUGCACCUGCUUGACUACUCAAACAACAGGAUGAAGGUUGGACAAAACUCCACAUCACUUUUGUCCCCAUAUCUUCACUUCGGAGAAUUGAGCGUGAGGAAAGUUUUCCAAUCAGCUCGAAUGAAGCAGAUACUGUGGGCAAAAGAAGGGAACUGUACCGGGGAAGAGAGUGUGACACUUUUUCUGAGGGCCAUUGGGCUUAGAGAAUACUCACGGUAUCUAUGUUUUAACUUCCCGUUCACUCAUGAGAGACCACUGCUGAGCAACUUGAAGUUUUUUCCAUGGCAAGCUGACCAAGCCAAUUUUAAGGCUUGGAGACAAGGUCGGACCGGUUACCCUUUGGUUGAUGCAGGAAUGAGAGAGUUAUGGGCAACUGGGUGGAUACACAACAGGAUAAGAGUGAUCGUUUCAAGUUUUGCUGUGAAAGUGUUGCUUCUUCCUUGGAGAUGGGGAAUGAAGUAUUUCUGGGAUACGCUUAUAGAUGCCGAUUUGGAAAGCGAUAUCCUUGGUUGGCAGUAUAUCUCUGGGAGUUUACCAGAUGGCCAUGAGCUUGAGCGUUUGGACAGUCCAGAGGUUCAGGGCUCAAAAUUUGACCCAGAGGGUGAAUAUGUAAGGCAUUGGCUGCCUGAGUUAUCACGUUUGCCAACCGAGUGGAUCCACCAUCCUUGGGAUGCACCUGAUUCUGUUCUUAAAGUUUCAGGUGUAGAGUUUGGGUUUAACUAUCCAAAACCUAUCAUUGAGAUAGAUUUGGCUAGGGAACGCUUGACGAGCGCCAUAUUCAAGAUGUGGGAAAUGGAAGCAGCAGCAAAGGCUGCAAGCGCAAAUGGCACAGAUGAAGUUGUUGUUGACAACUCCAUCAGUGAAGAUUUGCCCAUCCCAAAGGUGAUAUUAAAGAAAUCCUCUCCUUGUCCUACAUACUCCUCUAAUGAUCAGAAGGUACCGACAUGUCAAAAUUCCAAGAAUAAUCAGUUUAUUAGGAAAAGAUCAAAAUUUGUGCAAGACGAAAGCCCACUCCCAGAUAAUCCGCACAAUCCUAACGAAGCUGGGCCCUCGAGAACAAAUGAAGACACGAGCUCUACUGCUGAAUCUUCAAUCUCUAAGAAGCAGACAACUAGCAGAAAUUCAUUUUCGGUUCCACAGUCAUGUUCAUCAUCAGAAGGCAACCCCUUGAUGGAGUGUGAAUCUUCUGAGAUGAAGCAGUCAUGGCAAGAACAGAGUGAUAUGGAGCAGAGUUCAAGCAAAAAUGGAGCAGUGGAAGAUGAACACCUCUGAUACAGAAUUCACCGGCGGCUGCUGAGUUCAUCAAGAAAGAGGACCGUUCUGGAUAAUGUAGUAAGCAUGGUAAAGUCUGUCCUUUUGGUAGCUCAAUGUAAUCCGUAGUUUAUAAACGAAACGAAUACUGGCUAAUAUCAGCUGUCCAAAUAUUCUGCCUUCACAAUCGUAGAUAUAGAGUUCAGUGAUUUGCAAAUUAAUAACGUCUGACAGACAAUUUGC